GUGCAGUACACAUAGCGUAACGGUCGCGGCCAGGCGCCUACUUGACGUACGUUCCGGUCGCGCGCGCCACACGCACACGAGACACCACCGCACGAAUUUCUUCCGCGCGCGAUCGACACGAUCGUAUUAUUUUAUUGUCAUCGUUGUCGUCGUCGUCGAUACACAAUAAUAAUAUCAUAAUUUAAUAAUUAUUACCCGUUAUUAAUUGGCGCCAACGUCACCCUUCCCUACCCGCCACCCGGCUCAACCGGCGCGCGUCAUACGAUAAUACCUAAUAAUACGCCACCUGAUACCGCGUCGUACCGGUGAGAUUUUUUUCGCGCCGGCCGGCCACAGCGGGGCGAAAGUAACACAACCGGUCCAGCGCGACAAUAUGUGACGCGACGCGGCAGUAGGUACACGUGCGCCUGUCCGCGAGCGUGUUUUUUCCCGGCUGCGAGUGCCUGCACAACAUUCGUUUUGCAAUAAGUACCUACCACAACAUUAGUACGUCGCACGUGUGAUAACAAUAUUUAUUGUAAUAACUAAUAUCAGAAUCAUAAACAAUAAUAAUAAUUAUAUAUUCGCGGUCGGCAUACAUACGCACGUGUUAUUGUUUUAAUUUCGAUUGACAAUAAUAUCGUUAUCGCUGCCGUCACUGGUGGACGACAAUAUUUAUUAAGAUCGCGUCUUACGCUACAGCACUUGACGGCGAAGGGGAAAAAACCACGAGUAGUCCACGCAUAGCCGUCAUGCGGCGGCGGCCGUCCAACCACGUCCACCGCCGUCCACGCACCGGUCGUGGCGCCGUCGCCGCCUUAGUCGCCGGCGAUACCGGCGUCCGUCGUAGCCGCUGCAGCCACCGCACCACCACGUGCCGGCCGCCGAUUGCUGCAGUCGUUCCGCGCCUUUUAGAGACGUCCACAUACAAGAAAGAAACAAAGAAAUGAGUUCAUUAGUUGGCUGAAUAAAUUAGUGAAGAGAUAUCAUCGAAUCUAACUCUGAAAUCAAAAUGUCUGAGAAAAGCUACAGGGUUGUUCAGCGGGCGGGCCUCAGUCGUGCAUCAGUUGCCGCGGUUCAGUGAUUGACCGGGCCACGAUGGACCUGGACGCUGACGAGGUUGAGCGGUGGCUGUGCGAAAAAGCUCCGCAAGACUUGGUGGACCGCGUGAUCCGGGCACGGCUCCAGCACCGCACGGGGUCGUUGACGAUAAGCCGGGUGAAACGAGGCUCCAUGACGUCUGAAAUGUUCAACACUUGGCUCGCGUCGUCUCCGAUCAAACGGUCGAGGUCGCCGAACAGAGUGACACGGAGCAGUGGUGAAUGGAGACAUCAUUUGGGUCUGUUAGACGAAGGGGAGCUUUUUAUGGAGCUCAUCCGGGACGUGUCGAACGAAUUGGAUAUCGACGUCCUGUGCCACAAGAUACUUGUCAACGUCGGUAUAUUAACCAGAGCCGAUCGUGGCAGUCUAUUCCUAGUGAGAGGCAGACAUCUGGUGGCCAAACUGUUCGACGUAACUGUAGACACGGAACUGAGCGAAGCUGUCGACAAGGCGAAAGAGGAAGAAAUCCAAAUACCGUUCGGAGUUGGGGUGGCAGGUACGGUGGCGGAAACAAAGCAAGUCGUCAACAUCAGGAACGCAUACCAGGACCCGCGGUUUAACCGGGAAAUCGAUCACAUGACGGGCUACACGACCAAUUUGAUAUUGUGCGUGCCGAUCUGCAACUACGACAACGAAGUGAUCGGAGUGGCUCAGAUAAUCAACAAGACCGACGGCAGCCACUCGUUCACCGAGCACGACGUCGAGAUAUUCCAGAGGUACCUGACGUUCUGCGCAAUCGGAAUACAAAAUGCUCAACUGUUCGAAAAGUCUAUACAGGAAUUCCAGAGAAAUCAAAUGUUACUCAGUUUGGCUAGAAGCAUAUUCGAAGAACAGAACAAUCUGGACUGUCUAGUAUCGAAAAUCAUGACCCAGGCCAGAGAUCUGAUCAAAUGCGAACGUUGCGUUGUCUUCCUGCUGGACUUGGAAUGCGAAGAAGCUAGCCAUUUGGAUCACUUUGGAGCCAAGCCAGGGAAUUAUUCGCUGGAAAAAAAAGCGUCCACCAAAAACAGCACAGACACGUUGGCCGAAGAGGUUGCUGUGGCUCAAGAACAGCAAAAGGACAUCAAUUUCACCACGGCUUUUGAAUUGGGUUCGGAACUCGGGGUGAAGAAAAUCAAUAAAAACGUCAAGCCGUCCAAACUGCUUCAGAUAGCGCAAGAAGUGGCCAGCUCUACACAGUUGUUGAACAUAGCGGACGUGCAAGUGUGGGCCGCCUCGUUAAGCAGACAGCCGAGCAUGGAGAGCGACGAGGGAUGUACGGAUCAAGUGCCCAUCAAGUCCAUACUGUGCAUGCCGAUAUUGAACGGCAAAAAAGAUGUGAUCGGAGUGGCACAAUUGAUAAAUAAGGAAACCGGCUUUCCGUUUACCGACUGUGACGUGGCAACGUUCGAGGCAUUUGCAAUAUUCUGCGGUCUGGGGAUUCACAACACUCAGAUGUACGAGAGCGCAUGCAAACUAAUGGCCAAACAGAAAGUGGCCCUCGAAUGUCUGUCGUACCAUGCGACCGCUUCCGUGGACGAUACCAUCAAAUUAGCGCAAGACAAAAUUCCUUCGGCCGAGACGUACAACUUGUAUAGUUUUAAAUUCAUAGACUUUGAUUUGUCAGACGACGAUACUUGUAAAGCGACUAUCCGUAUGUUCCUGCAGUGCAAUCUAGUGCAACAAUUCCAAAUUCCAUAUCACGUCCUCUGUAAAUGGGUGUUGAGUGUGAGGAAAAAUUAUCGACCAGUAAAAUAUCAUAACUGGAGACACGCGUUAAACGUGGCCCAGACCAUGUUCGCCAUGUUGAAAACCGGAAAGAUGGAAAGGUUCAUGAGCGACUUGGAAAUCUUGGGAUUGCUGGUGGCGUGUUUGUGUCACGAUCUCGAUCACCGGGGCACGAACAAUGCUUUCCAGACGAAGACCGAAUCACCGUUAGCAAUUCUUUAUACGACCAGUACAAUGGAACACCAUCACUUCGAUCAAUGCGUAAUGAUCCUAAACAGCGACGGCAACAACAUAUUCCAAGCCUUGUCACCGGAAGAUUACCGUUGCGUUAUGAAGCUGGUGGAGAACUCGAUUCUGUCGACAGACCUGGCCAUGUAUUUCAAAAAGAAAAACAGAUUUAUGGAGGUCGUUGAAAAUGGCGAAUUCGAUUGGCAAAGCGAAGAGAAAAAAGCUCUGUUGUGUGGCAUUUUGAUGACUGCUUGCGACGUGAGUGCUAUAGCAAAGCCUUGGGAAGUUCAACAUAAAAUGGCUAAGCUCGUGGCCGACGAAUUUUUCGACCAAGGCGAUUUGGAGAAGUUACAACUUAACCAACAACCGAUGGCUAUGAUGGAUAGAGAAAAAAAAGACGAACUCCCACAGAUGCAAGUUGAGUUCAUCGAUGUCAUAUGUUUGCCGUUGUACAAAGUGCUAUGUGACACAUUCCCGUGGAUCACGCCAUUGUACGAAGGCACUCUAGAAAAUCGAAAACACUGGAAAGAUUUAGCCGAAAAAGUCGAAAUGGGCUUGACGUGGAUUGACCACGACAAAAUUGAAAUUCCUGUCGAAGAAUUUUUUACACACAAAAGCACGAAAGACAUAGAGUUCACAGUAACCACGCUGAAUACUACCCAAAAUUGCACGAAGAAAAGCAAUACAAAAAGCCUCGACCUGAAUCUGGACACUUCCGCUGCCCUCCACCGGAACGGCGCCAAGUUCUCCAGCUUCCGGAAAAAACCCACGUCCAGCCGGUCGUUCCGGAACCGGGUCAGCCGGUCGCUGUACAACAGCACGGCCAGCAGCGGCGGGUCCGCAUCCAUGACUUCCGACUCGGCGAAGACGUCCGACGCCGCGGCCACCGCCGACCAGCACAACAUGAUCAGUUCCGCGUCGUUGCCCGUCUUCACGUCGCCGGCGUCCACGCCUGGCUACAGUAGCAGCGGCGGCAAGCAGCCCACCCACACGCCGUCGAUGUCUGCCACCCCAGUGAAAAACAAGAGCAAAUAUUGCCGAAUUCUGUGAUAAAUGUACUGUUUUUUUUUUUUUUUUUGUUCUCAAGUUGUGUUUUUCUUUUGAUUUUUCCGUCUCCCGUCCUAAAAUGUGUGUGUAGAUUAUACUGUGUAGUAUGUGUAGGGACUCGCGUUGUGUAGGGAUUAUUACCCACUAACCAACUAACCGAUUUCCGAUUGUCCAAACCUAGGUAACGAUAUUCUAUCCAGGAAGUGGAACCCCGAACCGCCGAAAGAAAACUUAAUAAAACCUAUAUAGUAUAUAUUAUCUCCACGAGAUCUUUGGAAAACUCGUUACUUUUGUUGUUUAAAUAUUUUAGAAACCGGAACCUAUAUUUUUAUGAUAUAAAAUAAUUGAUAGGUACCUACUUGAGGCAUUCAUUCCACGUUAAUGGCUUUGUUUAUUUCCCUGUGAUUCGUGUAUAGGAAUGAAUAUUAAAUUAAAUUUGCAACUUUUCUAAAUCGGUAUAAUAGGUUUAACUGAAAGAGAAAUUCAUAAUUCAAAAUAACUGACAUUUAAGUUCUCCUAAUAAACCAUUCAGGUACAUGAAUUCUAUAUUCUGAAAAAAAAAUCAUACCCAAUGUAACAAAAAAACAAGCAUGAUUGGUAAAAACCCCGAGCUGAUCAAAUCGUAAAAUCGAUAUCCGAUAAAACCGAUAAUGUUAAAUUACAGGUACCUAUAAUAGUGGGCACCUAUUAGUAUUAAUUUAAUUAUUAUACAGUAAAACUUCGGUAUCUCGAACUCCCGUAUCUUUUUUUUUAGUCCGGUCAGACUUCGAUAUUCCGAGGUUUCACUGUAUUUAUCAUCGUCAUCGUUAAGUGAUUGCGUGUUACGUACUUGGAUUUUUUUCCAUAAAUGUUGGUGUAUGUAUCUGCGAUCGGUCGAGCUUAGAGUUCAAAUUCUAUACAUACCGAUUUUGGAACUACAAUUUUUUUCUAACGAUUUCACAUUCCAUUUUCAUGUUACGAGUCGAUUAUAAAUACCUUCAAAUGAAUAAGUUGAGACGAUAUUCUGUUCGGCCAACAACUGAUAAUUAAUGUUGACCGAUUCGGAAUCACAUUAAACCGUCCUCAUCAACACUUUCAAAUAUAGUAUCGUACAGACAGUACAAUUUAGUUCAACUCAACUGUCCACAUUUUGAAGUGGAUGGUUGUUGAUCGGGUGUUCGGGUGGUAUGAGUAUUUAUGUACUGCUACUAAAUCUACUCAGAACAUAAUCAAAACAAGAUGUAUUAUAUCGUGUAGUAAUUCCUACCUAUAUUAUGAGUACUUAGAUAUUAUAAUAG